AUGUGCUUCCUGCUCCUGUGCCUGGCGCUGACCCUGGUGGGGACUGACUCCGCAUGCCAAAACCGGUCUCAACUCAAUGGCGACAAUGAAUGUGAGAGAUCAUCCCAGCCCUGGCAGGUGGCUCUGUACUUCAACAACAGAAAUACUGCAUUGUGUGGGGGUGUCCUUGUUCACCGCAAGUGGGUUCUCACAGCAGCCCACUGCUUUGGAGAGCAUUACAAGAUCUGGUUAGGGCUCCAGGGCCAGGCUCAGAAUCGAAGCAAAGCCCAGCUCAACUGGGUCAGUGGUACAUACCCGCACCCGCAGUACAACCUGAGACAAAUCAACAGCGCAGAACAACAAAACAACAUCAUCACCAAUGCUCCUGCUAUGGAUCACCGCCAUGACCUCAUGCUACUGCGCCUGGAGCUGCCGGCCAAGCUCUCAGACACCGUGCAAGUCCUGGAUCUGCCCACCCACGAGCCCCAAGUGGAUAGCAAGUGCUAUGCCUAUGGCUGGAGCAUCAGUCCUCCAGACACAAGCUUCGACUUCCUGGACUUCGCCAUGUUCUCCUUCAUCCUGGCCAGCAUUGCCAGCGUCUGCCUCUGUAUCACGCUCAUAAACAUCAUCUUCUUCACCAACUCCAACUUUCCCAUGCUGGACCUCUUCAGUCUGAUCCUCAGUUUCCUGACAGCGACCUCCAUGAUAUUGGGUAUCCUGUUCUACCUGCUGCAGGUCGACCACUUCCUACAGGAAGGCAUGACCUACAGGCUGGGGGUCAGCUUCUACCUGGCGUGGAUCACUGUCUUCCUAUUCCUGGUGAUUGGUUUUUCUUCCUACCUGAACUACAACAAUUUCUGGUCCGUCCUGGCCCUCCAUUCCCUCUGA